AGAGAGAGAGAGAGAGAGAGGGAGAGAGAGACAUCAACUCUAUGGAUGUUCAGGAUGGUUUAACCAGAGAGGAGAGUGAUUCGAGCACCUACACAUGAGACAUAGCCUACGUAGCUGCGCGGCGCUGUUUCCUUCGCUAUUCUCAAAGAUGCUGUCAUAGUUAUCGCCGGACAUGAUUUUAAUAGCAGGAGUUGCCGUAUUAUUGGAUGUGCGGUAUGAUGCACCGCGCCCCGAGGGACUCCUGCUGAACGGAACACCGUGUGUCGCCGGCUCACACUCGUUUUGAAUUGUUCAUUUGUCCAUCUUUGAGCUGCCACUUGACUCUCCCGGGACCUUCAGACGUGGAUGGAAUCUGUUAUUUGAUCUCCACUGAUCAACUGAGCACUGUUGCUAUUAUACAUAAGGAACAAAGAAUCCGCGAGGGUCUGGGCCACCGUUUCAACACACACCAAAAAGCUUUCAGCAUGGCGGAGAAAGCCCUGGACCCGGGGCCAGUCAGCAUCCCCAUGGAGGAGACCAAGGUCCCCGGGGGGGCCCCGCCCGAGGCCGCCCUGCUGGUCCACCUGAAGAAGGUGGAGAACCACAUCACCGAUGCCCAGCGCUUCUCCCACCUGCCCCAGCGCUCCGCCGUGGACCUGGAGUUCACCGAGCUGUCCUACACCAUCCGGGAGGGGCCCUGCUGGCGGAGGAGAGGUUACAAAGCGCUGCUCAAGUGUCUGUCUGGACGGUUCAACAGCAAGGAGCUGAUCGGCAUCAUGGGGCCCUCGGGGGCCGGGAAAUCCACUCUGAUGAACAUAUUAGCUGGCUACAGGGAGACGGGGAUGAAGGGUCAGAUCCUGGUGAACGGGCGGCCCCGGGACCUCAGGACCUUCCGGAAGAUGUCCUGCUACAUCAUGCAGGACGACAUGCUGCUGCCCCACCUCUCCACCCGCGAAGCCAUGAUGGUGUCGGCCAAUCUGAAGCUGAAUGAGAGCAUGCAGGUGAAGAAAGCACUGGUGGAUGAGAUCCUGACCGCCCUGGGUCUCCAGGAGUGCGCCCAGACCCGGACCAUCUCGCUGUCGGGCGGUCAGUGUAAGAGGCUGGCCAUCGCCCUGGAGCUGGUCAACAACCCCCCAGUCAUGUUUUUCGACGAGCCCACCAGUGGCCUGGACAGCGCGUCCUGCUUCCAGGUGCUGUCCCUCAUGAAGUCCCUGGCCCUGGGCGGCCGCACCAUCAUCUGCACCAUCCACCAGCCCAGCGCCAAGCUCUUUGAGCUCUUUGACAAGCUCUACAUCCUCAGUCAGGGUCAGUGUAUAUACAAAGGCACUGUUCCUUAUCUCAUCCCCUACCUGAAGAACCUGGGCUUGCACUGUCCCACCUACCACAACCCAGCUGACUUCAUCAUCGAGGUGGCGUCGGGGGAGUACGGGGACCUGAACCCGGUGCUGUUUGAGGCGGUGCAGGGAGGGCUCUGCUCCGAGGAGGGCAAGAAGAACUCCAGCGACGAGAGCGACUCCUUCUGCCACUCCACAGGUUACAACGACUAUGGAACCAUGGAGAAACGCAGCUUUGCCACCAGUACCUUCACACAGUUCUGCAUUCUGUUUAAGAGAACCUUCGUCACGAUAUGCAGAGACGUGGUGCUGACCCACCUGCGGGUCAUGUCCCACCUGUGCGUGGGCGUGCUGAUUGGCCUGCUCUACCUGAAGAUCGGCAACGACGCCAGCAAGGUCUUCAACAACACGGGCUUCCUCUUCUUCUCCAUGCUCUUCCUCAUGUUCGCCGCCCUCAUGCCCACCAUCCUGACCUUCCCGCUAGAGAUGUCCGUGUUCCUGAGGGAACAUCUCAACUACUGGUACAGUCUGAAAGCAUACUACCUAGCAAAGACCAUGGCGGACAUACCGUUCCAGGUGCUCUGUCCCAUCAUGUACUGCAGCAUCGUGUACUGGAUGACAGAGCAGCCCCCCGAGGCGGUGAGGUACCUGCUCUUCAUGGCCCUGUCCACGUCCACAGCCCUGGUGGCCCAGUCCCUCGGCCUGCUCAUAGGGGCUGCAUCGACCUCCCUGCAGGUGGCUACGUUUGUGGGGCCGGUAACGGCCAUACCUGUCCUGCUCUUCUCGGGCUUCUUUGUGAAUUUCGACACCAUUCCCAAGUAUCUGCAGUGGAGCUCUUAUAUCUCCUACGUCAGGUAUGGAUUCGAGGGCGUCAUCCUGUCCAUCUACGGGAUGAACCGCUCGGAGCUGGAGUGCCCAGGGGUGGUGUGUAAGUUCCAGAAGCCCGAGGAGGUGCUGCAGCUCCUCGACGUGGAGGACGCCAAGCUCUACGUGGACUUCAUAGUCCUGGGCGUGUUCUUUGUGGUCCUCAGACUGGCCACCUACCUGGUUCUGCGCUACAAGGUCAAGUCAGAGCGCUAGCGCUGGGCGCAUGGACGCCGGCCGCGGUCCAUGUCGACCACGCAUGGAUCUCAAACCAUCUAUGUACCAUAUCGUUGACAGAGGAGGUAGGGAACAGUAAUAUAUAUAUAUAGUCUUAUUUCUGAUCGCAGACAUGCACACACGUACACGGGAACACACACAUACAUACAUGCAGGCUUGCACAGACAGAUAGACACACACACACACACGCACACACGCAAACACACUGACAUGCACAUAAGAACAACUAUCUAGAAUACAUGCUGCAGCAUUACUCCACCUGUACAGUUCAUAAUUCACUGGUAAAGGAGUGCAAUGUGUUAGAGGGGUAGACUCUGUGCUCGUAGGUUUUUAUCCUCGGUCAAGAUUAUUCUAACCCGGACAAAUACACCAAGAUGUUAGUAGUCUUGUUUUAUUCUCUUACACAAACCACUUUUUUUUCCCACCAGUACUUUUUUUGAGAGUAUUUCAUAAGUACCGGCCAGUAACUCUCCACGAAUGCAAUGUUAACGCACUGCAACUAUACAUGUACCCCGCGAGACCAGAAAGCAUGUUUACUUGCGGGGGGGGAAUAGAGUUGUUGUGGUUUCGCCGCAGAGACGUGGCUGUGAGGAGAUUGGAAGCUCAAGCCACGGUCCUCGGAAGGGACGCAAUAAUCCUGCUUGAAGUGAGGCGGACCAUGGCUUCCCCUUCCAUCUCUCCCGUGGUCACACCCGGGAACUCCCUCUGUGGGAAAGCCCCGCAAGGAUUUGCACCAGUCAAAGAACCUGUGUCCUUACUUGACACAAUGGUAUUGGGACAAACGAUGAGAAAGUGACACUGUGGCAGGGCCCGGAGUAUCAAGAUUGGACACCUUUCAUAAUACUGAACUAAGGCUGGUAACCACGGGAACCUAAUCGCAACAAGUUCGGUAAGUAUGUGUUAACUGAUACAUAGACAGCAUUUUCGAAAAAGCCACUCCCCGUUUCAUCUGCACAGGACAUCAGCAACAAAAAAAAAGAAUGGACUGUGAGCGGAUAUAAACGUUGUUUUCCAUGUGUGUCAUCGGGAUUCUUACAGAGGGGGAAAAAAGUACAUGGAUGUUAUUUAGAUAUGGAUUAUGUGUCCUUGUAUAUGUCGAGAUUCAAUGCAGCGUGGAUGCAGUGUGUCUUGAAAGAAGAGGGCAUAUAUCCUUGUUUUUAAACACGGCCUACAUUUGACCUGACCCUGAGUACGGCCCUUCUUACUUUUUAAUCCACAUAUGAAUAUCUUCGACGAGGAAGAAAACCUUGGAGUAUAAUAUAAAAAAAACAAAAGAAAAGAGGCUUGUCCCACCAAGGGGCCAAGCCUUCUCAUCCUGGAUGUAUGCGUUGAAUGUGGGUCAAGCUCAAAUGCAAUAGCCAAUGCUAUCAUGUUGUCGUUUGCGUAAAAAGCUGUUUUCCGACUUCGGACUCGCUCCUUUUGCACUCGGACGGUGAAAGGUCCGGCUUCUGAUCCACUUGGUCCCUGUCCGACUGAUGAGUUGUUGCUAGAUGCUAGAUACUUGAAACUUGCUUGGCUGGGUGUGUUCGUGCCUCUGAAUUAGAAUGGGUUCUUCUGCUUCGAUGCUCCUUUUUAGUUUUUUGCAGACACAAAAGAUGUAAAUAGAAAAUGCCCACUCAACACACUGGUGUAGAGAUACAUACACACAAGCACAUACACACACACAGAUAGGUGCGCGGACGUGCUCACACACACAAACACACACACGUCAACAUAUCGAAAAUCACAUUAACAAAUUGCAUACACACACACCCACACACAUACAUACACAAUCAAUAGCACUUGACAUGUAUAAAAGUACAUACCACCGGGCAAAGCAAAUAUUAUUUUCCAAUAAACUUGCUAUGAAAUAUUUCCUAUAAUACUAAGUAAUCCUUAUAAUAAUGCAUACAAUAGAAUAAGCAUAUACUCAAUGAUUGUACAGUGAAUAUGUUAUGCUGUAAAGAAAUGUACAUUUGCACUUCUCAGUGUAUGGUUAUUAUUUAUUUGUAUUUAAUUUAUUGUUCUAUAUCAAUAUGAGUGCUGCUUGAAAGUAUAUGGGGAAACCGCAACUGGAUGUUGCAUGAUCAAUUAAGGAAUGAAAUUUAUCCUAAAUGAAAUUUCUGAGCAAAGCAUCCUGAUUUUCUUUCCUCAUCCAAAUCUGAUUUUUUUUUUGGGCAAAACCACAGGAGGAUAUUCAAAUUUUGUCAAACAUUACAAAAUCAUGUGUUGUAUUGACAUGGCGGGAAAAAAAUGUGAAGUGCUUUGCAGAGGUUUUCCAUUUUGUCAACAAGGUGGAAAGACAAAUGUCACCGCUGCCGUACCGUAUGUAGCAUGUGAGCGUAUUCAGGUAGCAACGCAUCUGGUUCACUGAGCUGGCCUGAGCACAGGUGUGGCUGUUAGCAGUAACUGAGUUCAUAUGACAGACAUCACAUCUGGGGCCAGUGUGCACAUGAGCACCCAACACACAAGUGGAAUUACCGUACGUUGCUGCUGUCUGUAUCUUUGUCCCAUUGUUUUAAAUGCACUGUUAAGUAACUUUAGAUUGAAAGGUGCUAUAACAAUAACAUGUAUUAUUAUCAUUAUUAUUAAUUAUAUAAUUAUAUUAUGUUGACCAAUGCUGUUACCCCCUAGAAGCGAGCAGCAGGAUAGUCUAGCUAGAGUUAGCUGUUGGGGUUUGAAAGUCAGAAGGUUCUGGGUCGGAACCGCUAUGGCCGUGAUCUCCUUGUAACCUUAAUCCUACCUGCAUCUCAAGAGCACGAUGCCUUCAAGCAUUUUUGAUACAUAUGUGUUAAUAUUAGCAGCUACACCUGUGUUUGCCCUGAUACUACAGCAAUGUAAUGGCAUCCUUUGAGGACUAAAGAGGAUUUAUGAUUUGCAGAGGUUACUGUCAAGAAGAGCAAUAGUCUGAUCCAUAAAAAUGUGAGUGUGGCCCAGAGAUUAACCGUCUCACAUACACACGCCCUCACACACACACACACACACACACACACACACACCCUCACCCUCUCAUCCUCACACACACAUCCUCACACACACACACAAACACACACACACUUUCGUGUCACCAACGUUGACGUUGUUUUGAGUUUUGCUGUCACUGUGCUGUCACCGCUCUCUGCAUUGGAAGCUAUAAAAAGCCAGAUGAGUGAGGUCUGGAUAAUCCCAUGUGAGGCGAACAGGACAUGUGUUAUUGUUUGAUCAAAAUGUGUUGCAGGUUGGUCAGGGAAUGGAGAUAAAGGGCCUGAUUUGAUGGAGGUCCUUCUUUUGUGUGCAGAUCCGGAUCAGAUAAAUGGGAAAAUGUUGUGUUCUGCAGUGUGUAAAGCGGGUUAACUGAUGAAGUGAUUGAAACAAAAAUAUGUUUAUGUUUCUUCGAACAUUACCAAAAUGUAAGCCCCCGAUCCGUCCGAGCUGUGAAGGCGAAAGGACAAACACAGGCAGGCUACACACCCUUCCCUAGAUAUCGCAUGGUACCCCGUUCAUUAGCCAUUAUAAUGGUUUCACACACUUUUCAAAUAAUGAUGAUUGCUAUUUUUUCCUUCUUCUGAAAUCGUUUUUUUCAGGAACUUUAAAAUACAGAUGUUCAACACUCCACUACUGUAUGAUUAUCUGGGUUCAUUUUGUGCUUUGUUAUUCCAUUCAAUGUCGGCCUCACUUGUUUCACUGUGAAUAUGAUCUGGUCAUCAAGCUUCGUCUACCUAACCUUUCUCCUUUCUUAUAUAACGAGUAAUGACGUCCCUAUACGAGACCUUUCAGUAUGUGACAGACAAUGCGUUUUGUUUGACUAGAACGGCUGUUUCCACCAAACAGAUCAUUGGUGAGUUGUUAACCUUAUUUGUUUGUCCAUUUCUGUUUGUCAGUGGAUCCUAAACUCAAACAAUUCAAGUUCUGUGUACUGAACGCUGUUAAAAGGAUUAUAAUAAAGUUAACCUUU